CAUUUCCAGUUGGGUUUUGUCGACUUAUAAGGCUUAUAUAUUUGGCUAUUUGUUCCGUUUCUCUCUCUCCACCUUUAACUCAACUAGUGUACAGUGAUCACAACGAAAUUGCUCAGGCGAAAUAGUCGAGGUGAAAAACAGAGCAUCAACAAUGGCACUGAAUGUCAAUGGGGUGUCGUUAAAAUCUCACAAAAUGUUACCAUUUCCUUGUUCUUCAGCCAGAUCUCAGCGAGUUUUCAUGGCUUCAACCAUUCAUCGACCUUCUGUGGAAGUUGGAAGUGUGAAGAAGGCAUUCACUCCUCCACAAGAGGUGCAUGUUCAAGUAACCCAUUCCAUGCCACCAGAAAAGAUUGAAGUUUUUGAUUCUCUGCACGAUUGGGCUGCACAGAAUCUCUUGGUGCACCUAAAACCCGUCGAGAAGUGUUGGCAGCCUACUGAUUUUCUUCCUGAUCCUGCUUCCGAGGGGUUUGAUGAGCAGGUCAAGGAGCUAAGGGAAAGGUGUAAGGAAAUUCCUGACGACUACUUUGUUGUAUUAAUUGGGGAUAUGAUCACAGAGGAGGCCCUUCCAACUUAUCAGACCAUGAUAAACACCCUGGAUGGUGUUCGUGAUGAAACUGGUGCCAGCCUCACUCCCUGGGCUAUUUGGACUAGGGCAUGGACAGCGGAGGAAAAUAGGCAUGGUGAUCUUCUCAACAAAUAUCUUUAUCUUUCUGGAAGAGUUGAUAUGAAGCAAAUUGAAAAGACAAUCCAGUACCUAAUUGGUUCUGGGAUGGAUCCUCGCACGGAAAACAACCCCUAUCUAGGUUUCGUCUACACUUCUUUCCAAGAAAGGGCUACCUUUGUUUCACAUGGAAACACAGCUAGGCUCGCUAAGGAGCAUGGAGAUAUGAAACUAGCACAAAUAUGUGGUUCAAUUGCUGCAGACGAGAAGCGCCAUGAAACUGCAUAUACCAAGAUCGUUGAGAAGCUACUCGAGGUUGAUCCUGAUGGUGCCAUAUUGGCUAUUGGUGACAUGAUGAGGAAAAAAAUCUCAAUGCCCGCUCAUCUGAUGUAUGAUGGCAGAGAUGACAACCUCUUUGAACGCUUCUCUGCUGUAGCUCAACGGCUUGGUGUAUACACUGCCAAGGACUAUGCAGAUAUUCUGGAAUUCCUGGUGGGAAGAUGGGAAGUGGAAAAAUUAACUGGUCUUUCCAGUGAAGGACGCAGAGCACAAGAUUAUGUAUGUGGACUGGCUCCGCGGAUUAGAAAAUUGGAGGAGAGAGCACAGGCAAGGGCCAAGCAGCGAAGUCCCGUUCCUUUCAGCUGGAUUUUUGGUAAAGAGAUUAAGAUAUGAAUGCACUUGUGUCCAGGCAAUGCCAUAUUACUUUCUGAUCAUUAAAUUUGCCAUAAAUUUAUGUUAAGAAACUUUAAGGGUAUGAUAUGAAGUCUGUGCAGGGUAGUUGAAGCUACUUCACUAGAGUAUUGGUUUUUCUUUUUGCAAUUGUGUUUAGGCCAUAUGGAAAAACAUAGUUCUUAGCAAUAAAGAUGAACCUUUUGGUA